AUGCAGACAGCCGGUCAAGUUCUUGCAAGUCCUUUGCCCCUCAUACGACAAGCCCGUGGCACGAGCCACCCGUCAGUCUCCACCGUCUCCACCGAGUGGCUAGACCAAAGGUUUAUCCACCAGUGGACCACAUUCGACCAGGAGAUACAAUCAGCCCUCUCAUCGCUGGACCUUAACUUCCAGAUUGCCCACAUCGACUCUCCUAGCGGCGAGGUAUACCUGUUCGGAAAUGAAAUCGGCUUAUCUGGUCGGUUCGUCAACAAUGUCUGCGAGCCAGUUGCCAAGAUUCUUGUGCACGCCUCACAGCCGGCAAUGGUGAUGGGAGAUAUUCAAGCCUUUGAAGCUCCAACAUCGGACGUUAUCCCAUAUAUAUCUAUAGGUGUGACUCUCUUCAGCAACGACUCCCAAGCACAGGUCAAGAUAGUCGGCGGAGUCAAGACCUACUGGACUGUCGCGCUCGAUCGAUUUUCUCCGUCCGACCCCGUGAUUCUUCUGCAGUCAACUCGUGGCGCAGAUGAGGAAAUUCGGGUUGCGCUACGGCUUUCUGUCAACAUACCGGGGACAGUAUUCGUCAAGCGGACAGCUGACUUCGCCUUCUGUGUCUCCCCACCGGUUCGAGACCAGGAUACGAAUUUGUCUGUUCGGCAGUGUUUUGCGGGGUUCUGUAUCCUUGCUGAACAGGGCCAUGACUACAUCGAGUGUUCAGACUUCAGGGCAGAGCGACUUCGAGGUCAAAAUGGUCUACAGGCUUCUCUCCACCCUUCUGGGCUCAGAGACCAUACCACUGAAGGUAGUCUAGUGACCGGGCUGAACAUGAACGUUACCCCGAAUACAAUCAUUCUCAGCCACCAGGGAGGAGCGCUUUCUAUCUUAAACGUGUCCCGGAGGAUUUCACCCCCUAGCCAGACAGAUAAGGCUCUCUUCGAGGUUGAACACCAAGGGACACGCCAUAUCGUGAAGUGCUGGAGUCCCAGACAGGAUCGGGCGUCGAAUGCGGAAUGUGCUGUCUAUGAGCGUCUGUCAGACUCACGACCUAGGGGUUACGGUGUCUUCGCGAACAUGAUACUUGCUGGGAACAUAAUGUGCUCAAGUUUAUUCCCUCACGGAAGGGCGCUUGUCCUCCCCUACAAGGAUGGACAGACGCUCGCCCAUGUCUGGAGCGAGCUUAGCAACCGCGAGCGAACCCACGUCCGUGAGGAAUGUGAGAAGGCUAUCCGCAUUCUUCGGUCUCUGUCAAUCCACGUGCCCGAUGCUGGAAAGCACAACGUUCUAUAUCAAAGGGAGACAGGAGCCGUGACCAUGUUAGACUUCGAAACUGCUAUGGAAUGUCCCCAGUCAGAACAUAUACCUUAUGUCGAGCUGCUGUCGCUGUUUGGGGACCCUAUGAUGCGUGGAGACACGAGUGGUGGGUAG